AUGGCCCUAGAGCUGAGCCAGGAGGCACUACUGGACUUUCUGUGCCAGGCUGGGGGCCGAGUGACCAACGCCGCCCUGCUGAGCCACUUCAAGAGCUUUAUCCGAGACCCCGACGCGUCCCCCAGCCAGCACCAGCAACGCCGCGAGCUCUUCAAAGGCUUCGUCAACUCGGUCGCCGCAGUGCGCCAGGACCCCGACGGCACCAAGUACGUCGUGCUCAAGAGGAGGUAUAGGGACCUUUUGGGGGAGGAGGGGCUGCAGCGACCCCGCGAGCCGCCUGCUGCCGCUGCCCCUGCAAGGGGAACUGCGCCCAGCUCCCCGCCGAGGGCACGCCGCGGGGAGCCUCAGCCACCGCAGUCUCGGCGGCGGCGGCGGCGGCGCGACACGGAGCCAGAGGAGGAGCCAGCAGGUACCGCAGCCCUAGCCGAGGUCGCAGGUUGCAAUGGACUCCCGCCCAGAAGAACCCGGGAAGCGACCAGGGAAGACGGCGGCCAGAGGCUCAGCCCCGGCCGAAGGGCUCCGGUGCCGGUGGCUACGGCGGCAGCUGCAGCCAGGUGCGCGGCGGCGGAGACGCAGGGCCGCUGCUGCUGGGAAUGUCUCCAGAACAGCCUGGGGGAGCUCCCGGAAGUGCCGCCACUCGGAGCACUCCCGGACCCUGCCACUGCCAAGGAGAAGCCCGCGCGAGCUCAGUCUGCUCAGGAUGACUGCGGGGCUCCAAGGCAGCUGCCAGAAGGCGCUCGGGCUGAGCCCACGCGGGUGCCUGCAACGCCCCGCUCGCCUCCCGCCAUCACCGAAGCUGCUGAGUGCAGGGUAUCUCCUCCAGUUCUCCUGCCCCGCCCCACCCCUCCAGGAGACCGACCAGAGCUGUUGACCUCAGGUUCCCUGCACCAUUCCACUCUGCAACUGCAGCAGCAGCGCACUCGAGAAUGGGUAGCCAGACACCCUCAGAUGCCCCAGACCAGGGACCAGGGUCCCAUUCGGGCCUGGUCAGUGCUGCCGGACAACUUUCUCAGGAUUCCCUUGGAGCCAAACUUAGAGACUAAAUCACCGCUGUCAGAGCUCCCUCAUUUCUCUCAUUCUCUCUUUCCUGUGGUUCCUGAAGAGUCCCCAGGUUCUUGGCCAGGGAAUCCUCCACAGGCUGUCUUUCGUAGCAUUCGUUGUCAGUUAUCCCUCCAAGAUCUGGAUGACUUUGUGGACCAGGAGAGCCACGGCAGUGAGGAGAGCAGCAGUGGGCCCAAAGAGUCCCCUGGGGGUUCUGAAGAGGGGUUACAAGUUGCCUUGGGAACCCCAGUUUGGGGAAAGCUCAGGAAUCCAGCUGGGGGCCUAUCUGUACCUCCAAAGAAAGGCAGCCCUCAGAGUCCUCAGGGCCUCAGGAACAGAGGGAACGGUCAUACCUCUCAACAAGUUCCAACAGGGGCUAAAGGCCCCCCACACCACUCCCAGGAGCCUUUGCCUUGGCCAGCUCCCAAGUUAAGGAGGUCUCUCAGAAGGAGCUUUAGGGCAGGCAAGGCCAAACUGUCUUCCUCUGAUGAAGAGUACCUUGAUGAGGACUUGCUGAAAAGGAGUCGGCGCCCACCAYGCCUGAGGAAACCUUCCAAGGCAGGAACAAUGCCCAGCCCAAGGGUGGAUGCAGCUUUGACACUGAAACUGGCAGACACUAGGGUCUCCAGUGGGAAUGGGUCUGCCACCUUGGUACCCCACAGAACUUCUGAGCACAAGUCAUCACUGGUCCCCCUAGAUGCCAGGGAGCAUGAAUGGAUUGUGAAGCUUGCCAGUGGCUCUUGGAUUCAGGUGUUGACACUGUUUUGGGAGGACCCUCAGUUGGCUUUGCACAAAGACUUCUUGACUGGAUACACUGCCUUGCACUGGAUAGCCAAACAUGGCAACGUUGAGGCCCUUCAGGACUUAGUCUCAGGAGCACGGAAGACAGGGAUCGUGCUUGAUGUAAAUGUGAAGUCUAGUUGUGGGUAUACCCCACUACACCUUGCAGCCAUUCAUGGCCGCCAGGGAGUCAUCAAACUGCUAGUGCAAAAGUUGUCUUCUCGGGUGAAUGUCCGGGACAGCAGUGGAAAGAAACCAUGGCAAUAUCUGACCAGUAAUACCUCUGGGGAAAUAUGGCAGCUGCUGGGAGCUCCUCGGGGCAAGCCCAUUUUCUCUGUAUAUCCCUUAGUCCAAAGCUCUUCCCCCACUAGGAAGGCCAAGAGCCGGGAAGUAUCUAGAAAUGUCACCCGAAAGACUUCCUUAGCUGCACUACUCAAAAGUCACCACAACAAAUGGAAACUGGCCAACCAGUAUGAGAAAUUCCCUACUCCACGGGUAGAAGAGUGUAGUGACUGA